AUGGCUUCCGCCGACAACACCCCGAGUACCGAUAUAAAUAUCAACAACCUGAGCUACAAGUUCCCCGAUGGCUCGACAGGACUGUCAGAUAUCACUAUCGACCUCCCUCAGAACAGUCGAACACUCUUGAUUGGCGCCAAUGGUGCCGGAAAAAGUACGCUCCUCAGGCUCCUUUCAGGCAAACGCCUUGCACCAAACGGUUCCAUCGUCAUUGGUGGAGUCGACCCGUUCAAAGAAGGCCUCGAAGGUGUCACAUACCUAGGAACCGAAUGGGUUCUCAACCCUAUCGUUCGAACCGAUAUCGAUGUGCCGACUUUACUCGCGUCUGUGGGUGGAGACUACUAUACGGAUCGAAGAGAUGAGUUGGUUGAUAUCCUCGACAUCGACAUGUCAUGGCACAUGCAUGCUGUGUCCGAUGGAGAGAGACGACGUGUGCAGCUUGCCAUGGGCCUGCUGAGGCCCUGGAACCUCCUCCUGCUAGACGAAAUCACUGUUGACCUGGAUCUACUUAGCCGAAGCAACUUCUUGGAUUUCUUGAAACGAGAAACUGAAAGGAGGCCUUGCACUAUUGUUUAUGCCACCCAUAUUCUGGACAACCUCGCUCAAUGGCCUACGCAUCUGGUACAUAUGCACAUGGGCCAUGUAAGGGACUGGGGUUCUAUGGAGAAGUUCUAUAGCAACCGGCCUCGCAUGUCGGAGAACAGUCAGCUUGGCGAACUGGUGCUGGAAUGGCUAAGGAAGGAUAUGAAGGAGCGUGGUCCUCGACCCGGAAGACCAGCAGAGGCGAAGGAGGACAUCAGAGAUGAAUGA